AACUAAAACCAAAAAACUCAAAACUCAAAACUUGAAAAAAAACAAGUCCAACUAAACGCCAGGCUUCUAAUACUCCCAACUAAACACAAGUCAAGUCCCCUAAAGAAAUCAUCUCAAGAUCAUCAUCCAAUAACCAUUUGCUUAGGAUAGUGAUUGCGAAGCAGGACAGGAUCAUCCGAUAGUCGAGAAUAGUUUACUCCUGGCAGGCGGCGAGAAAACAGGCUGUAACACAACACAAAAAUCUCGUAUUAACUCGACCUUUAGGCAGGCAACAAAAAUAAACGCUAGCGAUCCAGAAAACCAAAGAACCAAAGAACCAGAGAACAAGAGAACCAUAAAACCACUGUCAGAAAAGGAGCAACUGCAGCAGUGAGUGAAGAGAACGGUGCGGUGACCAUCCCGUCGAAUGAUGUUAGACAUUAAGAAGACCAGAGGAUUCCAUAAGAUUCCACAGUCGUCAAAAUUGCAGCCAGCAACCGGAGGAGCAUCAGUAGUAGCAUCGGGAGCAUCAGCAGCAUCGGGAGCACCAGCAUCGGGAGCAAAUACCACAGAAGUGCCAUUAGCAGGAGGAUUAGCUUCUGGAGCAGGCGUAACAUCAUCAUUGUCGGGUCGGGGAACCGCCGCCAGUCUAGUCACUCGCCUGAGAAACCCAGUGCAGGGCAAGCACACAUCAGUUCCUGGGACCUCGGUGGCUGUGGGCAAGACUCAAGCCGCCCUGGCGGCAGCCAAAUACGGCACAGGCGGCGGAGUAGCAACACAGGUCCGCUCCACGCCGGCGGCGGCAAGCAAUCAACCAAGCAGCAAUCCGGUACGGGCGGCAAAUCAGCGAUAUUUCCUAGUUUCCAGCUACAAGGAUCCCACGUUCCUCAAGGCCGAAUGCGAGUUGGCCCAUGCCCAGGUGACAGCCACCAAGGGGAAGAGCACGUCGCAGGCACACAGGCGGAGUCGGGCAGGUGAGGAUUCGAGGAACAACAACAGCCACAACAGCCACAACAGCCACAACAGCCACAACAACCACAACAACGGUAGCCGGACAUCAACGCUGGUUGAUAUGCGACGCACGCCCAUGUUCAAUGGCAAUCAGCAACAGCAAGCAACCGCCACCAACAACAGCACCACCACCACCAUCAACAACACCACCACCACCAGCAACACCAGCAACGGAGUGCCCAAGUACAGUGCCCGCUCCACGACAGCAACUGCAACUGCAAUUGCAACUGCAACUGCAACUUCCACGUCUACCAGGAGCUACGGCAAGCUGAAGCCGCUCAACAACAACCAAUCGACCGGUGGAGCAGCUAUGAUGAAUGGCCAUAACGCCACCAACAACAAUAACAGCAGCAGCAGCAGCAGUAACAACCACAACAACGGCGGCAACAACAAUAUGCUACGUCAGCAACAACAACAGCAACAGCAGCAGCAACAACACGAUGAUAUUAGCUACAUAGACAGCGAUGAGCCGUCCUUGGCCACUGGUGGCCCAGUUGCAGGAGGUGGAGCAGGAGGUGGAGGAGCUAACAAGGCGAGCAUAUGCUACUUUAAGCCCAUAACGCCGCCACUACCGCUGCGCCACCAGCAGCAUCAGCAGCAUCAGGAGCCACAGCAGCAUCAAUCUGGCAGCUCGAAGCCAACCAGCCAUCGCUAUCCGCGGCCCAAGUCCACCAUUAUAGCCUCCGCCCAUUCGAAUUUCGCGGCCAGCUACGAGAAGUUUAGUGGCGGAUAUAGGCAGACGAAUGGCGAGUUGAAUCAUUCCCCCGAGAGCAGAAACAGCGGCAGCAAUGCCCGCCGAUAUGGCAUUGAUUCCUUGAGCAUUAAGGCCUCCAUUGAGAAGUUCAACAACCUGAGUGGACAGAAGAGGCAAACUCCGAGCUCUGGAACGGCGGGAAUGGUUGGACCCGGCAGUGUUGCCGAUACAACAGGUUCGGGAUCGGGAUCAGGAUCAGGAUCGGGAGUCGGCACUAGUCGCAGCCAGCAUGCUGCGCAGGCGGGCGGAAGCAGUGGCAAUCUGCAGCAGCGCUACAGCAGCGACCUGGACAACAUCCGAGUGGCGGCUGGCUACAGUAGUUCCCUGACCAGAGUGGCCUACAGAACGACACCCACAAUGAGCAGUGUGGGCACGGCGGUGGCGGCGGCAACAUCCGGAUUUGGUGGAACCGCCACGGCAGCGGUUUCGCCCAUCAACAAGGUGUCGUCGGUGAGAGGUGUCCACAACAGCAGUGUACGGCAGCCAAACGAAUGCGAUAGCCUGGCCAAAGUCAUCACCAAGGUAAACAGCGAUGCAGCCACACCUCAUGUUGCCAGUGCAACAGCAACACCAGCCACGUCUUCCGUCUCCACAGCCACUGCGACAGCCACAGUCACAGCCACAGUCACAGCCACAGUCACAGCCACAGUCACCGCGACAGUCACAGCCUCAAGCUCCGCCAGUGAUAGUACGGCAGCGAGAAGCGGCGCUGGGAGCAGCGGCAGUGCCCGAAGCGUCCUGCCGCCCAUGACGCCCACGUCGAGUCGCUACUGGGAUCGGGAUCGGGACAGCGGCACCAGCCGCAACAGCGUCAGCACCUCCUCCACCCUCAACUCAUCAUCCCUGAAGCACAACUCGGAUGAUGGCUACAAGAGCGCCUCCUCGUCGCGGGAUGAAAAAUCCGAAGGUCUGUGCGGUCUGCGAAACAUCGGGAACACUUGCUUCAUGAACUCGGUCAUCCAGUGCCUGAGCCAUACGCAAGAGCUGACCCGCUUCCUGCGCUCGCACCAUGGCUCUCGCACAUCCUCCACUAAGGAUCAGCAGAUACUCCACGAAUUUGCCAAACUCAUCCAGGAGAUGUGGACCUCGAAUGUGCACACGGUUACGCCCAUGGAGCUGAAGCGUGCCUUCUCCACCAAGCACCGCAUGUACAGCGACUAUAAUCAACAGGAUGCGCAGGAGUUCCUGCGCUUCUUCCUCGACUCGCUGCACUCGGCCCUCAAUUCGGGCGUCAAGGGUGAGACGCUCAACAUUGACGAUAAUCUGAGUGACAAUAAGAAGGCGGACCUCACCUGGGAGUGGUAUACGCGGCACGAGAACUCGCUGGUGCGCGACCUCUUUGUGGGUCAGCUUAAGAGCACAUUGAAGUGCACCACCUGCGGCAACACCAGUGUCACCUUCGAUCCGUUCUGGGAUCUCAGCGUACCGCUGCCAUCCUCGUCGCGCUGCAAACUGGAGGCCUGUCUCGACCUCUUUAUCCGCGAGGAGGUUCUCGAUGGCGACGAGAUGCCCACGUGCGCCAAGUGCAAAACGCGGCGGAAAUGCACCAAGAGCUUCACCAUUCAACGUUUCCCCAAAUAUCUGGUUAUACACCUAAAACGCUUUUCGGAGACGCGCUGGAGCAAGCUGUCGAAUAUCGUUGAGUUCCCCACAUCGGAUAGCGAACUCAACAUGGGCUCCUAUGGGGCCAACUCCAACUCGAAUGUGCAUUACUCGCUCUACGCGAUAUCCAAUCAUAUGGGCUCAACGGCUGGCGGGCACUAUGUGGCACUCUGCAAGCAUCCCGCCUCCCGCAAGUGGCACGAGUUCAAUGAUAAUAUCGUCAGCGAUGCCUUGUCCGAAAACCAUCUCGUUUCAUCCAGUGCCUAUAUACUUUUCUACGAGCGUGCGUAAGGCCCAAUCCGUGCUGUACGGCAACCGUCAAGUGUUGGAGUUAGUUUUGUUUUGCUUUUAAGUAAUAAAAGUGGUAGAUUGGUUCACAUGCAAUUUGACGAAGGGUUUCUAAGAGUUUGUUUAUUGGUUGAUCAGCAUUCUUAUCCCUCUACUAUGUAAAUGAAACAACCAACAAACGAACUCUUGAAAACGCUUCAUGGAGUUGUAUACCAACAAAUGUACUUAUUGCAAAAUAACUUAAGAGCAAAACAACACUUACUCUUAACUCAAAGCAGAAACCAAAACAAAAAUGGAGCAAAAGUGCAUACAAAACGAGGAUAAAUGUAUAUAAAAAAACGAACUUCGAUGGCUGAACAAAACAAGAGAAAGAAAUGAAAAGAAAUGAAAAGAAAAUGAUAUGAAAUGAAAUGAAAGAGAGAAAGAAAAAGAAACUCCGACGAAAACAAUGAAUCUGUGCAAUAACAAUUUUCGGCAAACCAAAAAACCUCAAGCCCCAGGAUUAAAACAAGAGAUACUAAUACUAACUAGUGACAGGAUAUUCUUUUGUAAGAAUACACAAUGCAAUCAGCGGCAGCAAAGAUAUAAUGUUUCGAUAAUUCUCUCUUUUUAAGUGUUAUUUAUUAAAACUGAAUUUUCAAUUUGCAUCGCCCCACUCUACCUGUCUCUUUUUUCGCCUGUCGCUCCAUCUCUCUCUCUCUCUCUCUCUAACACGCUAUUGGUUUGCCGAAGGAUAGUGUCCUCUGGUUGUGUGUAAAGAAAAAAAAAACAAACAAACAAAAACGAAACGAAACGUGGAAAGAGAAAACUAAUUAUAUAUUUCAAAUUCGUAUUUCUUGUGCAAUAUAUUUCAUAAAAAAAAAUAUUAAGAAAAAACAACUGCAAUAAAUACUUAACUAAAAACGAUUAAAACCAAAAAAAAAAAGAAACCGCAAUCGCACCACAAAAACCACACUAGCUAAGAGAAACGGCUUUUUAGCAACUAAAAAAAAAAAGAAUGUAAUAUUAAUUAAUUGAUAAAUGAGCUACAAAUUUAAUGAACGGGGGAUGCGAAGUGAAGCUGAAAUCUGCAUUGUGAAAACGUACUUAUGAUAAAUGCUAGUAGUAAAAUUUAAAACUUAAAAACGAAGAAACGAUCAGCAACAACACCAAAAAAAAACCAUUGUUAUCCUUUAGCCAAGACACCAAUCAACCAACAGAACCAUCCAGCCCAGAAAAUAAAGGGAAAUUCCCCAGAUGAGACACCAACCAACCAACACAGUUUUGGGAAUUUCCCCAGGGCAUAAAAGACCGUUACGAAGUUCGUUUAAAAUUUAUACAAUUUUUUUGUGUUUUUUGUUUGGUUUGCGAAAAGCCACCAAAACUAGUCUCAAAAAAAAAAAAGAAGGAAGAGUUAUGUAUGAGAGCUACUUAACAAAACACUGUUUUUAUUUGUUUGAUUUUGUGCGUAAUUUGUAGUUUAAGUCGAGCGUUUUUCCACCACCCUCAGCAAUCCAACUUAUUCUUGCUAAAUAUAUUUUUGUUGCCUACUUUGUUUUUAUACCUACAUAUAUAAUAUAUAUUAUGUAAUUUAUUUAUUUAUUGUAUUUAUGUAAAUGCUAUAUAAAACAUACACAGACACCCCCACACAAAAACCUACACUCAGCGAAACACGAUGUGUACAUAAUGUAACUUGUUUCCGGCAGAUGCAAAAAAAAAAAACAGCUACAAAAAAAUACUACAACCACGCCUACACUGCACCAAAAUUUGGAUGAAAUAUUAAUAAAAAUAAACAAGACACAUUA